CUCAGAGAUCAUAUGAAUGUAUCACACUGUGCAUACAUUAUACAUAGGAACAUUACUACGAUCCAGAAAGUGGUUCAGGCUACCUUGCAUGGCGGUUGAAGACAAUUCAACGAAAAGCUGCUGAGGAAAGAGGUCCAGCAGUUAGUAAAUCUCUUAAAGUGGGUGGGCCAGGCCAUGGGCGUACUAGACCCUUUACUGCCGACAAAGUCCUGACUGACGAGGAAGUGGAAUGCGCUAUCGCUUUGUUGAGACACACUGCUGAUGAGGAGACCAUCCGUGAAAAGAUGAAAGUCACUUUCAUAUACCGCCACGCCAUGGUCAAUGAUGAUGACAAAUCAGCAGAGGUCUUCUCAGUAUUUCCACGGUUCCUAGACACACCAGGACUGAUAGAACAAGAUUUUAGACUGAUGUUUGGUGAGCAGACUGCCAACAAGUUCCUGGAGAGGUGGCCUACCACUUUCAAAGCAGGAGUCAUUAAGGAAAGCCAUGGACUGGUCCCCUCUACAGACCUUCUUGAUUUGAUGCGCAACGCUGAGACAACUACUGAAGUUGAAAAUGGCUGGGACAGUGACAUGUCUACCAUCAUACUGCUGCUACAUCUGCUACCACCAUCUGCACAGGGACGAAAGAGGCCAGGGAGGAUAUCAGCAUCUAAUGCAGUUGAUCACCUCAUCAAAUUCCUAAAGACGGGAACAAGCGUGCAGCAGCAUCUGGACAACAUCGCUCAAAGCAGGCAGCCCUACCUCCUUGCUCAGGGACCCAUAAAAAGCAGCAUUCACUCUUUCUUCAUUGCCAUCGACAAGCAUGCACUUCCCUGCCAAGCCACCACCUCAGUCGGAGCCCUGGAUGAGCUCUUCAAGGCCCACUAUGUGUUUGGUACAUCUUACAGUCCUGUCUUGAACAACUUUUUCACUUUUCUGCAAACUUCCAUUUUCAACAUUGACGUGGGGAAAACUAAGGAAACGCCAAGAAUUGCAGAGUUGCGAGCAAGAAUGGUGCGUUAGGCACUCUUGAAAUUAAACAAUGAGGUGCUUUCUUUGCAACAAUGUCCUUGGUGAAGCAAACAGUCUAGUAAAGCACCUCAAAAUAAUACAUGGACUCUGUACGGGAAGGACUCUUCAUCUUCAAUGUGGCCUAGUGGGACGCUCACGUUUUUUCAAUAGUUUUUAUGGUCUUAGGAAGCAUCUGAGUAAGUGUUAUGUGAAUGUUAUUGUUGAAGCUGAACCACCACAUUGUCAAAGUGUUCUUGAUGGUAGUAAUGUUAAUCCCACAGAAGAGCCAUGUGAGGCUGAGCUUGAGUCAGAGCCAGCAUUAACGUCAGAACAUAGUUGUGCCUCUCAUUUCAGAUUUAAAGGCAGCAGGUGUAGCCCAGUCUACUGGUAAUUCUUUUGUGACCUCUAUGGAGGAUAUUGUGCAGAAAAUUCAUGAGUAUGCAAAAGUCAGUCAUCCAAGGUGUAUUUCGUGAUCUAAGAGAAACUGAAACAUGCAAGAAUGUGGAGAGAAUGACACCACUAUGUACGUUGUCCCAUAUUUUUAUCUCUGAGGAGUUAUCAGGAAAUAAAUGG